GCAUUCUUCAAUAACAUGUGUGUGUUGCUAUGCGAAUCAUUGCAGAUGGCGUUGUUCUGUUGUCGUUGUAUUUUCUAAUUGGAAUCAAAUUUUCGCUAUGAACGUGGUGUUUCUAGAAGAGUACAAUAAUAAAAUUCAGAAGAAACAAUGUAAUAGUGGUUGACCUGCGAGUCCUGAACUAGGGAUAAAUGAAUUCUGAGAGAGUGCGUGUAGAACAAUGAAGAACCUUGUGGAAUCCUCUGGCGAGAAGGACGAGGAGUACUCAUCCGAUCAAUUAGUUAAAUCCGUGAAAUCAACAGCUGUGGUAAAAUACACGGCAGUUCAAACCCCAGCAAUUUUCGCACAGCUGCAGUGCAAUACAGAUUUGAAUCAUCCCCCUAGCAAUUGGCUAAGCAGUUCAGCAGAGAGUUAUGGAUUGCAGAGUGUGUGGUCCCACAACUCUGGGUUCUCAUCGUUCAGGAUGGCCCAUAUGUUUCCUGAUUGUGUGGGUGAAGUAGAUGUUGUGUCAGAUGCUGAAAAUAUCAAGAAAUUACUGAAAAUGCCAUAUUCCCACAGUGUGAUCUCAAUGAUGGUCCACAGAAUCGAGAAUACACUUUUGCUCGACGACUUUGAUAUCCACAAAUAUCUGCUGCGUCAGGCAGAAACCGAUUGGGAGUGGCUGAAAAAAUUUUUCUACGAGAACAUCUUCGAGGACACGAGCGAUGAAAAGAAGAGUAAAUUAUUCCAGAAGACGACGCAUAAUAGUCGUAACACACUCCAGCAGAAGAAUCUAGUAUCAAAGUUCCUAUAUCAUUCAUUGGUGCUUGGAGGCAACGAGCUUAGCACCACAAAUGACAAUGCCAGCCCCCAAAAUGAAAAUAAAGAUGAAAUAAAUGUUACUGGAGCCUCACCACUGCCCCUUCAGAGCCUGGAGCCAAUGCUUCCAGAGCCCACUCGAGAGGACAAACUGCCAGAUCCAAAUCACACCCACAAUUUCACGAGGAAUGUCGUCUGGACGUUCGAAAAUCUGCAAAUGCUGAUAGGCACUGACAUGCCCAUCUUCGGUGGCCAAACCCAUCCCUGCAUCAGCUUGAGACUCAGAGAUAUGAACAAACCCAUAAAUGUCCUCACUGGUAUCGACUACUGGCUCGACAACCUCAUGUCUAACGUCCCCGAAGUGGUCAUGUGUUAUCACCUGGACGGAAUCGUUCAAAAAUACGAGCUCAUCAAAACCGAGGAUCUUCCCAACCUUGACGACGCAGAAUUCAGUCCAAGAGUCAUCCGUGACAUUGCCCAGAACAUCCUCAGCUUUUUGAAAAAUAACGCAACCAAAGCUGGCCAUACGUAUUGGUUAUUCAAAGGAAAAGACGACGAUGUAGUUAAGCUGUACGACCUGACGUCUCUCUGCACAGAGAUUCCCAAUGAGCCAGACCGAGAGAAGGGCCAAAACCCCUUCACUGUCCCUGUCGCUAUGCUUCUGUACCGAGUCGCCAGGAACAUGAAGUACUCGAUGGAUCGACCGACGAGGGGCCACAGAGGUACUAUCAGAAUGCUCCUGAAGAAUUGCAUUCAACUGUUGAAUCGAGAGAAAUAUCCCCAGAUUGUCACCUCAGCCCACUAUAUGCUGUCCGAUCUGUACAUUCCUGCUGAUACAGAUCCAGCUAAACCAAUUUUCGUAGAGGACGAGUACCAGGAUGAUCCUGCCUCUGAUUAUGCCAGCAAUAGCAGUACUCAGGACGUCAACGAUUCAAGUCCUCCUCCUAACUCUAGUGAAGAUGGAAAUGAGGAGCACGAGGAGAACGACGACGGGGCGAGUGCCACUGCCAGUGUGAAAUUGCUCACCCUUGCUCAUGUUAAAGAUCAACCUGAUCAGGAGGAAUCCAAGUACAAACCCCCUCCGAUCAGUGGAACUGUGGUGGAGCGUUGUAAAAUAGCUUUGAAUCACGUCUAUAAUGGAUUGCAGUGUCUAGUAUUUUUUCCCACUGCUCCUGUAGACACCAGCAAUAUCUAUGAUGAAAAAUCUGAGGAUCAGCAGCACUCCAGCCUAGACUCCAGCUUCACACAGUCUCAAGAGGAACAUCAGAACAUGGCGAAGCCCUUCGAGGCGAUACCCAUGCCAUACUACACCCUUGAUCCAAAUCCUCAGGUUCCGGAGAGUAGAGUGCAUGGUGAGGUUUCCAGUCCGAGCACUCGAAAGAAGAACCAGAAAAAGAAAUCUCGAAAGGGUGAUAAUUCAAAUAAUAAACAACUGGUUGUUGAUGAUAAAUCAACGAGAAAAGCUCUACUACUGUGUCAAAAAUCCAAGGUCGAGACUCUCCCCACAUGGGAGGCACCGAAGAAGACUGACAAUCGCUCCUGGAAGGCCCACCUCAAGGCUUUACUCUACGAGAAAGCUGCGUUGAUAUUCGCUGUUCUUGCGGAAUUCGAGUACUCCAGCCCCCAGUGUAAUUACGGCGCCUCCCUCAGGUACAUUCGAAAUGUCCUGAAGUGUCAGAGGAUCCUGGAAAUAUUCUGUGAUAUAAAAAAUGACAAAUCCAUCAGUUAUCUAUUGGGAAGGGCAGGAGAUUGCUGCCUCAUGGCUGUCCAGGACUGGAGGAAUAUCGAAAAACACAGGGACGAAUUUGAAAUAAAAGACGAGACGGAGGGGAACGUUGUUGGAGAGAUUGCGAGCAUGAAGGAUAUUGAUAUUGGUGCAGAGUGUUGCUCUGGAGCCCUGGGGAGCAUCGAGGAUUGUCUCCUGGCGUCCUACAAGUGUUACGAGAAAGCCCUCUCUCUAGUGCUCCAAGAUGUCGAGAGGACGAACCUCCUGAGACGAGUCGGGAACAUUCACAAUGAAUUGGGGGUUUUGUACAUGAACCAGGCCAGUGCCAAGUGUCAGCAGUCUGAGGAGACCGGUGGGGAGGGUAAAAGUUCGAAGGGCUCAGUGGACAUCAGCUGGCUGUUGACAGAAUCAUUGAGUCAUCUCGAAGCUGGUAUCAAGGCUUUUGAGAGUGUUUGCGACGAGGCCAAUCUGGCACUUCUCCACUCCAACAAGGGUAGACUAAUGAGACUCUGUGCCCACAUCAACGUAGAUAAACGAAUUCAGGAGAGAAACUUCUACAACAAAGCUCUUGUCAGCUACCAAAGGGCUCUGCAAGUGCUUGGUGUGAGGAAAACUAAUCCUGCCAUAUGGGACACUGUCAACUGGGAUUUAUCUACAACUCUCUUCACCAUGGCAACUCUCCUCCAGGAUUACCCCACCAUCGAAGCUAAUAGUGAGGAGGAAUUAGAGAGGGAAGUCGUUGAAAUCCUCCACAAGGCCCUAAAACACUGUGAUACUGAUACUCCAGGAGCGAAGCAACCUGUUUAUCAAUUUCGUGUAGCUACAAUUCAUCAUCGAGUGGGUUCCCUGUACCACAGGAUCUAUAGACGACUCGAGGCUGAUUCUGAUUCCCUGAAACGCAAAACAACUCUGCAGUUGACUAAAAUUCAUUAUGAAAAGGCAGGAAAAUUGUUUCUGUUGUUGGAGCAGCCAGUGGAGUUUCUGACUGUCCAGUUGGAAAGAGUGGCACUUGCUGAGUAUCAGGCACAGAUCGCUACUCUCUUCCAGAAUAAAUUGAAGGCUCAUCAGUAUGCCCUCGACUGUAUUCUCCAGUGCAGGGAGAUGCUGGAGAAGAAGAAGGAGAUUGCGGUAACACACAGUGAGAAAGGGACAGCUAGUUGUGAUAAUAAUGUAGAGGAGUUGGAUCAGAGUCAAGAGGAGGAGAACCUCAUGUCAUUGCUCGAACAAAGGCUGCAGUACUGCCUGAAAUCCUUGACCAAAUUGUGCCUCGGGAGGAAUACCAAGCAGCAUCAACUCCUGGCUGAUGUAUAUAAACGAUGUUAUAGCCAGAGCUUGGAAAAACUGGGGGACAAGCCAACUGCUCAUUGCACUGUCCGUCUUCUCCAGCACCUCAGUGAGAUACUCUCUCAAAUACACGAUCCUCUUCUAUGGUGAUUAUAUUAAUAGAGGUGGCAAUUAUGAUUAUUGAGUUAAUGAGAACUUUCGAAAGGUUUCAGUCGUCUCCUAUUUCACUACUGUUGAUGAAUAAAGUAAACUCUUUUAUAUUGGAA